AACUGUCAAGUGCCUUAAAGCAGCAACAACAACAGCAACCGCAACAACCAAAUAACAACCAAACAACAGCAACAGCAGCAACAACAACUACAACAUCAAAUCAACAUUUUGCUCAAAACAUCAGAAAAAAAAAUAUAUAUAUAUAUACGACAAAUAUAAACAAACAAAACAAACAACAAAAACAAAUCUGCAUGUGUCCUCAAUCGAGAAAGGCGCGUUUUUGAUUUUAGUUUUUUCCUGAAAUUACGGUUUCAAACAUCAUUUCUUCGAGUGUUCGUGGCGCCGGUUUUUAAGCCAAAUAUAUGGUAAUGGCAGAGAUUGGUGGCCAUUUGGCUCACCAGCUACCAUUGCACAAUCACAAUCAAACUGGAUUACAGCCAUCGCUGGUGAUGAAUCAUCACCUGGAUUUGGAUUGUCAUGGGCAUGAUGUGAUAAAAAAACAACGUCUAUCCCACUGCGUUGGUUGUGGCGGUCAAAUACACGAUCAGUAUAUCUUACGCGUUGCACCCGAUCUGGAAUGGCAUGCGGCGUGCCUGAAGUGCCAGGAGUGCCGGCAAUUUCUGGACGAAAGCUGUACGUGUUUUGUGCGCGAUGGCAAAACCUAUUGCAAGCGUGAUUAUGUUAGGUUAUUUGGUACAAAAUGUGAUAAAUGCGGCAACUCCUUCAGCAAAAACGAUUUUGUGAUGCGCGCCAAAACGAAAAUCUUUCAUAUCGAGUGUUUUCGUUGCUCAUCUUGUGCGCGACAACUACUGCCAGGUGAUGAAUUCGCGUUACGGGAUGGCGGCGCUUUGUAUUGCAAAGAGGAUCACGAUAUGCUGGAGAAGUCAUCGCAGAGCAGUUUAACAUCAUCAUCCGUGGAGAGCAACAACAAUAUUAGCAGUAGUAACAACAACAAUACAAAUCUUAGCAAUAAUAAUCAUUCCAGCGAACUGGGCUCAAUGUCAGACUCUGGCAGUGAAUCGGGCUCACAUAAAAGUAUUAGAGAAAAGCGACCGUCAGGUCCGUCGGAUGGCAAACCCACGCGAGUGCGUACCGUACUGAACGAGAAGCAGCUGCACACGCUGAGAACCUGCUACAAUGCUAAUCCGCGACCUGAUGCGCUCAUGAAGGAGCAGCUGGUUGAGAUGACGGGUCUGUCGCCACGAGUUAUACGCGUCUGGUUCCAGAACAAGCGCUGCAAGGACAAGAAGAAGACCAUACAAAUGAAAUUGCAGAUGCAGCAAGAGAAGGAGGGUCGCAAACUAGGCUACGGCGCCAUGCAGGGCAUUCCAAUGAUUGCCAGCUCGCCGGUGCGCCACGACUCGCCGCUGAAUCUGCAGGGCCUGGAUGUGCAGACAUAUCAACCGCCAUGGAAAGCCUUAAGCGACUUUGCGCUCCACGCCGACCUCGACAGCAAUGGCGCCAUCAAUACGCACACGCCGGCGUUCCAGCAGCUUGUCAAUCAGAUGCACGGCUAUGACUUGAACGGAAUGCCCGUCCUGCCACCACAUCAACCCCAAGGACCAAACCCACCGCCGCCGGGCCAGCAAAUGAACGGCCCGCCUGGCGCUAGCAGCUUGGACUCGGGCAUCACUUCACACCAUCAUCCGGACAGCACAGACUCCUAUGUGACUUACCUGGAGAGCGAUGACAAAUCCAAGCUGGCGCUGACGCCGUCAUCCUCGUCAUCGGCAUCGGCCGCGACAUCGAUCUCCUCGCCACCCUCGUCGGCGGCUCACACGGUCGGCGGGGGCGGCGGCGGUGGCGGCUUGGGCGUGGGCGGAGUUGUGGGUGGGGUCGUCGGCGCCGCAAUGGGCGGCAGCAAUCAGUCAGCUACGGAACAGCUCAUGCAAAUGCUGCAGAAAGUUACCGGCUCGCCUUCAUCGCAUGCGGUGCUCUGAGCGCGCCCACUGCGGCAGAUAGUGGGCGUGGCAGCGUUACAGUUACAGCUGCUGUGAAACAGCUCGCGGGCUUGUGCAAUGUAGCGGAGCUUUCUCUCAAUUUCAUUUUUGAUUCGGUGCCAAAAAUAGUCUGUGGGCCAGUGGCCGUUAGCCGUUCGUAUUCGUGGCUGACUGUGGGCCUGAGUCCGUAAUUUCCUUUGUUAUGUAAUAUAAUUUUGUUGUUUUUUGACAUUAAAUUAAUUGCGAUUACGCGCAAAAUGCUCACACACUUGAAAAGUUUAAACAAUAAUAAUUAUUUUGUUAUCAAGCAACAAAAACAAAAUGCAAUGUUUCUUCUCGUCACGUAGGGAAUUUCAUUAACAAAAUUGUAAAUAAUUUUUAUAUUUUCAUUACAAAUGCAAAAAUUCAUAUGCGUACCAUUUAUCAAAUGCAAAA